UUCACUUGUAAACGCCAACGCAAAGGUUUGUCUCUCUCCUCUCUCUCUCUCUCUCUCUCCUGCCCCAGUGCCCCGUCCUAAAUUCAUUGCCCGUCUAAUCCUUCUCUGUAGACUAGAUCGCUGAUUAGAGCAAGAGGGCCCUUCAUGACCAGUCGACUCGCGGCAGACUCAGCUCAGGCGGUCUCCAACUCGCUCUCGAGCUCACUCCAGCUCUAGCUGAUCAUCAACGACACCGUUUCACCAUGACCCAGCCUUUGGGUUUUGAUGGGUGAGGAGACGUCUGAUGCAAUGAACCUUGACCUGAAUCUGGGUCCUGGUCCCGAUGCUGGCUCGAUGUCAAAUGAACCUGUAAAUUUGGAUGCUUGGACUGAAGCGCCUAUCCGCAGAAUUGCGGAAGCUAUGAGGAGGGCCCGGCAGAGGAGAUGGCCGCUACCUGAAAGGCGGAAUAUUUCCAUGGAGUUGAAUGAAUUGAUGGUCAACUAUGGUAAUUCAAGUACAUUACAACCCGGUGAGGGUAGUCUUACAGCAGAAGAAAGAACAAGUGACGCACCCAAGACAUGUGAUAAUAACAAUGGGAUUUUGGAAAAUGAGAAUUCUGAGAAUAAGGAUGAUGUUGAAAAGGGCGGUGGCAGUGAUGGGAGCUUUUUCGAUUGUAAUAUUUGUUUGGACUUGGCUAGGGACCCUGUUGUGACUUGUUGUGGUCAUUUGUUUUGUUGGCCAUGCAUUUACCGUUGGUUGCAUGUGCAAGAUGCAAAGGAAUGCCCUGUCUGUAAGGGAGAGGUAACAAUGAAGAAUGUCACCCCAAUCUAUGGUCGUGGAAACAAUGUGCGUGAGCAAGAUGACGACUCAAAUCUUAAGAUCCCUCUUAGGCCUCAUGCACGUCGGGUUGAAAGUUUGAGACAAACCAUUCAGAGGAGUGCAUUGACUUUUCCAGUAGAGGAGAUGAUUCGCCGUCUUGGUAAUAGAUUUGAUUUGACUCAGGAUGUUAUUCAUCCAUCAGAGCCUGAGAAUACCCGGGAAACAGCAGAAAGAACUAAUUUGUUAAAUAGGAUUCUGACAUCUCGAGGACUGCGCAGAGAGCAAAAUCCAGUGGUACUUGCAGAUGAUGUUGUGGAUUUGACGCAAAGCAACGUGACUGGCGUUGAUACAAGGGAAAACCGCCAACUUCAGUCCUUGCUACUUAGAAGGACACAAUCGCACAGAGCAACACUAUCUUCUUUCUCGUCUGCAUUGAAUACUGCUGAAAGGUUAUUUGAGGCAUAUUAUCGUAACCGUAAUAGAAAUCAAGAACAACAGCAGCCUGCACCAGUUGAUGAUAGAGAUUCUUUCUCAAGUAUUGCAGCUGUUAUAAAUUCAGAGAGCCAACUGGACACAGCUGUGGAAAUUGAUUCCAUGGUUUCCCUUUCAACUUCAUCUUCCAGAAGAAGAAAUGAUUCGUCAAGAGUUUCGGACAUAGACAGUGGAGAUUCUCGUGCCCACAGAAGAAGAAGACUGAACUGAAAGCGUCCUCUUCAGCCCACAGCAGCCUGCACCAGUUGAUGAUAGAGAUUCUUUCUCAAGUAUUACUGCUGUUAUAAAUUCAGAAAGCCAACUGGACACCGCUGUGGAAAUCGAUUUCAUGGUUUCCCUUUCAACUUCAUCUUCCAGAAGAAGUGAUUUGUCAAGCGUUUCGGACAUGGACAGUGGAGAUUCUCGUGCCGCCAGAAGAAGACUGAACUGAAAGCAUCUUCCUCAGCUCACCAAACGUUAUGUAUGUGCUCUUCGACUUUUAUUUUAUUACCCUUUCCCCCUCUUAAAUGCCUUUCCCUGUUCAGACUCUCGGAAGUAUUCAACUUUUGCCGUAACCUUUGUCCUUUGACUUUGAUGAGGUGUGAUUAUGGAACUUCCGCAGCUAUCUGCUUGAUUUAUUUGUUUUAGAUUUUCAUAUAAUGAUCCUCCCUUAACCGAAGGAUCUUAGGCUUUCAAUUUGCAUGGCAAAUCAUUGUAACACUAGUACUACUAGUAGGCCGGUUUCGUAGUUCCAUUGUAAAUAAACUCAUGAACUUCUUAUGCUAGCGUUCAUUUGGCAUAAUUCUCUAUAAUAUUUAAACUCGCGUCUAUUAA